UUGUCUGGUGACUGGAGUCCGCCAUGGCCGUGCUGCGACGAGCUUCGGUGGCACUCCGGUUGCUGUUCGUGGCUGCGGCGAUCCGGUUGCCGUUGGUGGCUGUGGUGAGCAGCACCGUCGUCUCCAGGGCAAUGGUUCCGGCAAUCUUUGUGUUCGGCGACUCCACUGCCGAUGUGGGGAACAACAAUUACUUGCCGGGGACCAGUGCCAGGGCUGACUUCCCUCACAAUGGCGUCGACUUCCCUGGCGGCGAGCCGACGGGCAGGUUCAGUAAUGGCCUCAUCGGUGCCGACUUCUUGGCUGUCCACAUGGGCUUCAGCGGGAGCCCGCCGCCGUACCUCUCUCUCGUCGCCGGCAGUGGCGAGGCAUUGGGCAACUCGACGACGAAGAAGCCGGUGGCUGCUGAUGCCUCCAUGAGAGGAGCCAGCUUUUCCUCUGGAGGCUCCGGUGUUCUCGACUCCACGGGAGACACGAUCAACAUGACCAAGCAGAUCGAGUACUUCUCGGAUCUCAAAGACCAGAUGCUGUCAGCCAGACUGGGUGCCUUCGGAGCGUCGGCCUUCCUGUCCAAGUCCAUCUUCCUCAUCAGCGCGGGCUCGAACGACGCCAUCGACUUCUUCUCGCAGGACACGUCGCCGGACUCCACCGCGCUCCAGCAGUUCCGGGAAGCCGUGGUCUCCACAUACGACAGCCAUGUCAAAACGCUGUACAACCUGGGGGCGAGGAAGUUCGCGGUGAUCGACGUGGCGCCAAUCGGGUGCUGCCCGUACUGGAGGAGCCGGAACCCGGCCGGGGAGUGUGUCGAGCCGCUGAACCGGCUAGCGAAGAGCCUCAACGAUGGGAUCCGGGACCUGUUCGCCGGCCUCAUCUCCGAGAUGCAGGGCAUGGAGUACGCCAUUGGCAGCGCCUACGAGCUAGUCUCGAGCAUCGUCGAGGACCCACAGUCUGCAGGGUUGACAGAGUUGAAGAGCGCGUGCUGUGGCGGCGGCGGCAGGUUCAACGCCGACGGAGGGUGCACCCCCAGCGCCGGCUACUGCGGCAACCGCGGCAAGUUCCUCUUCUGGGACUUCCUGCACCCUACGCAGGCCACCUCCAGGCUCGCCGGCCGAGCGUUCUACGACGGGCCGGCGCGGUUCGUCGGCCCGAUCACCUUCAGGCAGCUGGCCGAGGCGUAGGGUCGUCUUUGUAUCAUUCCACGACAUGAGAGAGACUCAAAUGUGGUUUUGUGUUUUGGGGACCGAUCCAGGUCAAUCAUGGUCUUUGCCUUUCGUGGCGGCGAGAGUUUAACAACUGGCGCCAAUUGUCCAAAUUGGGGGUUGAUUAAUGUGCUACACACAAUUGGGGCAGACACACACUACUUACUCCUCGAUCGAUUCUCGUGCACAUUGACCUGAGUACUGGAGACUAUCUAAAUUAUCCAAAAUCUCUUCAACUUAUGAGCUGAGGGAGUAAUAUAAGUAGACGACGCUCAACAAGUUAAUUGAAAAAUAUGCAAUCAAUUUCAUGAAAAACAAAACACUCGGCCAUUAAUUUGGUGGACCAAACCCUUAACAAUUGUGAUUCUUAUGUUUAUGAUCCAAUCGUUGUUCUGGCUCGAUCUAGUACUAGCUCCGGUUCGCUAAAAGUUUCAUUUCGAAUAUCAGCAUAAAUGUAACAGGCCCAACCCGAAACCCUAGUUCCUUUUGCUAUCUUUGUUAUAUAUAUUUGGUGAAUUAACAUGUGGAUUUUAUUUAUUUAUUUUUCUUUUCUUCAUUCUAUUAAAAAUUACAACAAAUUAAAACCUAUGAACAUUUUCAGGAAAUAAUUUGAGGUUUCUUUAUAUUUUAUUUAAGUUCUUUUCCUUUUCUCUUCCAAAGGUUUUCAAAAAUCCCAUGCCCUUUCUACUUCCAGUUUGGACUCCAAACUUCGCCCGCGCCAUGCUUUUCUAGAAGUCUUUUAUUUUAAAACUUUUUUAGAGGAAAAGGCAGAAAAGUAAAUCAGGUAGUGAGAAGCCCAAGCCAGCCAGCGCCGUAGCCCAUCUAAUCAAAGCCGGCCCACUACAACCACAUGAGCCAGUCGGCCCAACUGCCUUUCUUGCCCACCUACCCACCUAUCUAAACCUAGCCCAAUCCAUCCACGAGAGCUAUGUCUCGCAUAUAGCGAGACUGUAGCUUCUCCCGCGCCGAGUGUCUACAGUAACAGGGGUUUGAUCCCUAGAUCUCCUAGUUCCUUUGUAGAGUUGGUAGUCACCAAGCCAUUGCGGAGUUCAGGUUAGAUAAGAAGGACGCGAACUACUUAAAGGAAAAACACUGGUUUUCACUGGUGU